AAAAACUUUUUUCCUGCAUUAGCAUGUCAUACAUAUGUACCAUAUAUACGAACGUAUACUUACUAUAGGUAAAAUAUUUAUUAAAUCAAAACUAAAAAGUACUUUCGUUGCUAUAAUACGAUUGUCACGAUUUUUUGUGUGCUUAAAUAAGCAAAUAAAUAUUUGCGCAGUUUUCGUAAUAUUUUGUUUUUAACUUUGGACUGAACAAAUAGUGUUUUGAGAGUACAAAGUUGUGCUGUUUAAAGAUUCUCUGAGGGUCAGAAUCAGAAGAAUUGUUGCACCUUCUGACUCACCUGGUCGACUACUAUAGCGUUACAUUAUUACAUGGAGGCUGUGGAUAGAAAGCCUGCGCCUUUUAGUUUAGUGUGAUCGUCGCUUGUGAUAAUCGAUCUUCGUGUCGGAUGUGUCUUGGAUCCAGGUCAUUUGACCCGAUGGAUCGUUAUAAACAUCAUGGAUCAUUAUAAACAGACGUUUGUUUAGUUGUAAGAAUAUUGGACUUGAAAAGAGUGAAGAAAAAUAAGAAUUGCGAAAAAUAAGAAACUGAUAUUCACAUAAACAAUGGGACAAGCAUGGUGUAAAGCAAAAGCUGCGCAAGAUUCCAAAUCACCUUUCGACCGGGUGUUGGUUCGAUGUGCUCACCGGAUAUAUCCAGGCCUGAAGGAAGAGUGUUCAGUAUUGGGUGGUGCUACCCAAAGGGUCACAAGUUCAGAAAUAGGUUAUGCAAGAGGGUGCAGUAUAGAUUCAACGGAUAAACCGUUUCACCCAAGCGAGUGGGUGGAUGUUAAUCUUGAAGUAUCCAACGCUAUUCUCUACCCCUAUCCAAAAUUGACGAAAAAUGUAACACCGAUUCCUCCACCAAGGAAAAGGAAAAAAAUUACAAGCCGACCCCUGCCUCCUAAACCAGAUGACGUUAUUGAGAAUCAUAAUCAUUGUCCGUUAAAAUCUCUCUCGAAAAAUGCAGAACCUUUAUACUCUUCAGUGAAAACGUCAAACUUGACAAGUUCCUGUUUAUAUCCCGAACACUCGGAAAUCGAUAUAAAGUCCUUUCAAAAUUCUGAUAAGCAGGUGAAUGGGACAAAGGAGAUAAUUCCAAUUCCAAGCGACGUAGUGUCAGAAGAAAGAAGCUUUAUCGAUAAUCAAAAUGUCAGAAGGAGAAGCAAACUUGAGAUGGAGGAGGAGGAGGAAUAUGAGAGACGAUUCUCAAGUAGUCAAUCGAUUCAGAACUUUUCAACUAUAAAUCAUUUCAACAAGGAUGUAGUACAUAAUCUGGACGUAUACAAAAGAUCAAAGAAUGAGAGUACAAUCAGUUUACCGAAUUAUAACCAACUCCAAGUCGCCGGGGACAGAAAUGAUAAAAACUCGGAAAAUGAGAAAGUUAAAGUAUCAUCUGAAAGACUUUUGAGAAAAGCGAUUGCAGGCUCAUUACCACUUGAAACAUUCACUUCUACUCCCCACUCUAAGGUUUCUAACGAAAGAUUUGAAGACAUUGUGUGGCAAGCAGACUUUCAAGAUAUCCAAGUGAAUAAACUUGAAAACAACCAAGAUAAAUCAAUGAAUAGAACUCAGUCUGAAGACAGGGACUUUGAUGAAAAUAAUGAACAAGUAGUAGACACGAAUAUUUCUUCUAAUUCUGAUAGCUUAGAUUUCUCAGAUACUUUGAAAGAUUCUUUGAUAUCUCAAGAUAUAAAAGCCUCAACUCCGAUUAAAACCGUGGAUGAUGCGAAGAUGUGUUUGUCAAAAGAAUUGAAAAGUUCCAGUUUGCUCGAUUCAACGGCAGGUAGUCACGAAGAGAAAAACGAGAAAAUGGGAGAUGACACGAGAAACUGUUUCUCCUCUGACACAUCUAAUUUGUUCAGUCAAGUUUUUUACGAGGUCAAAGCAAUUUUACCAGAUAAAUGUUCUCAAGAAAAAGAAUCGAAUUCUGACAUUGAAAGUUGUGAGAAGAAAGAGUCACGGAUUCACAGAACCAUUUCCCAGGAAUCCUUGCCCAGAGAAAUGCUGGAAGCUGUGGACAGUGAUUUAGACAAAGCAGAUGACGAUCAAGAAGAUGACUUUGAAAAAAAAUUAGCCAAGGAUGUUCAAAACCGAAUAACAAAAAAUGUUGUUGGUACUAAAGAAAGUGACCGGGAAAUUUUAAGUACACCUCCAUCAACUCCAGAGCCAAAAAUUAAGGCUGACGUUCUUGAGAAUGAUCAUUCUACUUUAUUAAAAGUUCUCCAGGAAGAAGCUGCUUCUAGUCCACCUAGUCUUUUAGAACUUGAAAUUGCUCUUUCAGAUAUGCUGGAAAAAGAAGAAGAUCACGACGAUUCUCUAGAAAUAAGGGAAGAUGAUUCAACAUACAUGGAGACGAAACCGAUUGAAAACUUAAUAGAACCUUGCAUUGUUCCUCUAGAGAAAGAGAGAACAUUUACAGAUAAAAAAAGUGACAUUGCUAUCCAAGAAGAUGAGAAAAAAUGUCAAAACCCAGAAUCAAAUAAUAGUGCUAAAGAUAAAGUCAAAAUUGUUGCAGUGGAGUUAAAAAAUACCGACAACGGCAGACCGUUUGAAAAAAAGAAGCAAGUUCUACACGACUUGUCAGAAAACAGUGGCAACAGUUACAAUAUUUUGAGUUAUUCCAAAGAGUUUCAAACCGAAAAGAUUCGUGGGGAGGAAGCACCUGAGAAACCGAGUAGAAUGCAUCGCAUCAACUUUGCGAAUUUCGUUGAGAAUGUUGAUAAUGUGCCUACACCUCCUCGAAGAAGACAUCGAAGUGGAUCUAGCAUUCUUAAGGAAAAUGUUUGUCGAGCAAAAAAUAACAGGUACAGUCAGAACGAAGAAUCUUAUGUAAAUGACCGACUUAUAUAACAUCUUAAUCAUUCAAUUCUGCAUAUUAUGCUUUUUCAAGUUUCACCUUUUCAAUUACAAAUGUGUGUAAACAUUUUUUAAAAGUCAAAAUCUUUUUUGUUUUCUAAUUUAUAAGGAAUAUUUAAAGCUAUAUAUUUCAUUGAAAAAGUCUUCUUUAUUAAAGAAGUAUAUAAUAAUCAAGAUUUAUAAUGUUUACAGUAAACACCUUUUUUUAUAAAAAAAGGACCCAUACGUAUGUAGUAAAGGUUGUUUUGUGUAUUUUAAAGUUUAUCGAACGUUUUAAAAGAUUAUUGAAAAUUUUUUCAGUCGGUGUUUCAGUCACUGAUGUCAAAUUAAUAUCUGAAUUCCAAUAGUUUGAAUAAGUAAAUUUUUACUUGUUUUUAACUGAUUCGACAUUAGUGACUUGUUUACAGAUUUCGAGAGAAUAUAAUAAAGUGUAAUAUACAACUGAUGAAAUUGUUAUUUAAUUAAUAUUCAACGCGCGAUGAAAGAAAUAAUUAAAUUUUUUUUCAUAACGCGGUGCAAAAAGGGGCACUUUUUUGCACCUUGUUAUGAAAAAUAUCGUUCGUAACUAGUGCGAGCAGUUGCCAAUGUUUGAACGAGCGAAGCGAAGCUUCGCCUACAGUUUGUUC